AUGAUCCUGCUUUCCUACGACACAAGUUCGUUGAAAAAGCAAACGUCGAUUGUAGAAGAGCUACUGGGCGAAAUCGAUCUCGAACAAUCGCCGGAUGACGUCGAGAUUCGGCUCGGUAUUUGGGGCAUUUUUGGUGGCGAAAAGGGGAUGUACAAGGCGACCGCAAAAAAUAGUCCCGAAGGGUUAUGCGACGAUCUCAGGGCGAUACGCACCAAGAAGGAGCAGCCAAAUAUGAUGAACAUGACAGACGUUAUCGACGCGCUCUACAACUGCACCUGCAUGCACACGUUCACCAAGCUGAUCCUCCUUUCGCUAUCAGAUGAUCCGAUGCAAUACGAGAAUGCGAUCGACAAGUAUGAGGAGUUGAAAUUGGCCCCACGAAACUGGACGAUGUGGACACUGCAAAUCAUCGCCGCCACUGACAAAAAUUUGACACUUUUCUCGACUAGCGGCGCGGAUGUCGUCCAAAUCCCAAUCCAACGUCGAGCUGCACGUUUCGCGCUGAAGUGCACCGUCGCGUCAACGUGUGACCGCACGCAACGAUGCGGCAGCACAUCUACCAUCGCCUCUACUACGCCAAAACCAACGACGGCUAUCCGUUCAAUCAGCACCACGACAUUGCCACCGGUCACGCCAUUACCCCCGGUGAGCGUCAAUGUCACGUCAGGCUGCCCCUGCGUUCCGGAAAAACUAUGGCUAGACGUGAUGCUGCUCAUCGACAAUGCUGACAGCUUGCCACCGAACGACCUCGAGGCGAUUGAGGAAUUCUUCGAAACGAUUGUCCUGCAGAUGUCCCUUGGCCAAGGCAUCGGUCAGCAUACACGAAUUGGGCUGGUCACCUACGCCAGCGAGGCCGAGCUGGUCUACCCAUUGACGUACUUCAACUCUUCCACGCAGUUCCUCGACGAGUUCAAGAUCCCAUGGGUGGGCGGGGGAAUGCUGGACUUGUACAAGGGCCUACGGCUAACCGUAGAUUACCUUGAAGCAAACGCUCGGCCGAAUGUUCGACAGGGCGUUGGCGACCCCACACAGCUAGCCAACAUCUUCAACCAGGACAACGUUAUCAUUACCAUAGGUUACAAAGCGACACACGGCGAUGGCACGGCUCCAGCACUCGGCCAGUUCGCAAAGCCCCACUACAACCUGACAACUGAUCAGCUACACGCGAGCCCAGUCAUCAAUCUGCUUUGUGAAGCAAACUGCUUCUGCGCCGACUACUGGCAGCCCUAUCAGCCAAAUAUCUGGCAGGGCGCGGAAAAUGGAUGCUAUAAGGGCAACGUGGCAAUGCGCAACUAUCCAGAUGCACAAGCAUCGUGCCGUGCGGAUGGGGGUGCGAUGGUGUCAAUUGAGGAUGAGAAGAAGGCAGCGUUCAUCGGCAACGAUGUGCCGAUGACCCUGUGGAAUGCCAACACGUCACAAUACAGCGCAAAUGAAGCGCUCGAAACCGAUUUCUUCAUUGGAGCCUACUGUGUUGGCGAUUUGUGUACCUGGGAUGACGGUCGGCCGUUCGGCAAUUACACACCCUGGGAGAAUUCACCCGAUGAGCAGCAGGGCGAGUUUUGUGUCGUGCAGUCCCGCAUCAGCCUGAUUUGGUACAGAUUUUUGGCUCAUCUA